GUGUGUGUGUGUGUGUUUAUUUUUCUUUGCAUCAAUGGCCACUCUACGGAUAGAAACACAGACACGUCCAUCGGCAGUCUGUUAAAUUGAAAAAUUCCCUUUCCAAAUUUCCGAUACUAUUUAAUAAUCAAAAUUAAUUAAAUUAAAUUAAAAGAUGCGUUGGUCAAUACUUAAAAAAAUAUCAUCAAAUUCAAUCAACAGAAACCAAUUAGGAGAAAGAAGUAUUGUGACGGCGUGCAGAGGCGUACUGUUGCCGCGGUUCGGUGGGCCAGAUGUCCUUGAGAUUCAUGAUAAUGUUGCCGUUCCUGAUCUCAGACCCAAUGAGGUCCUUGUUCGUGUUCGUGCCGUUUCCGUCAAUCCCUUAGAUACUAGAAUGCGAGCAGGUUAUGGUCGUUCUCUGUUUGAGUCACUUCUUCCACUAGUUUUGGGCCGUGAUGUUAGUGGUGAAGUUGCAGCAGUUGGAAGUUCUGUUCAGGCUCUUAAUGUCGGGCAGGAAGUUUUUGGUGCUCUACAUCCAACCGCUGUGAGAGGUACUUAUGCUGAUUAUGCUAUUCUCGCAGAAGAUCAGCUUACAUCAAAACCAUCAAUGAUCUCACAUGUGGAAGCAUGUGCAAUCCCUUUUGCUGCCCUGACAGCAUGGCGUGCUCUUAAAUCUACUGCUAGGAUAACUAAGGGACAAAGAGUUCUGGUGGUGGGUGGAGGAGGAGCUGUAGGUUACUCUGCCAUUCAGCUUGCUGUUGCAGCUGGCUGUGCAGUUUCAGCUACCUGUGAAAGUGAAAGUAUAGAGCGCCUUCUGGCAGCUGGUGCUGAACAGGCACUCGAUUAUACUUCUGAGGAUCUGGAAGUAACCUUGAAAGGGCAAUACAAUGCUGUCUUAGACACAAUUGGUAUACAACAAACUGAACGGCUGGGCAUCAAUCUAUUAAAGAGAGGUGGACAUUAUAUGACACUGCAGGGGGAGUCAGCAUCUUUAUCUGAUAGAUAUGGUUUGGCUAUCGGCCUUCCUACUGCCACUGCCAUUAUGCUCAAGAAACAGCUUCAAUAUCGACUAUCUCAUGGAAUAGAAUAUUGGUGGACUUACAUGAGGACGGAUGCAGAAGGUUUACACGAAAUUCGAAGACUAACUGAAGCCGGGAAGCUCAAAGUACCCGUGGAAAAGACAUUCCCAAUCACACAAGUUCGUGAGGCCCACGAUGCUAAAGAUAAGAGGAUAAUUCCUGGUAAAGUUGUUCUUGAAGUUGAUUGAUAUACUCCAAUGUUCUAUGAUAUGUACUUUCAGUUGUCAGAUGCAAAAUGCUAUCCUUUUUCUUCCGUCUUUAAUUUCUUCAUCCAGUCUACGCAAUAAUUACAAGCCUUUUGUUGUAAGGAUGACAAUACAUAGAUAGAAUAGCAUGCCAAGAUAGGUUUUUUUUUUUUU